AUGCCUCGUGAAAAGCAGAAAAGGGGCCGUCGAGCGGAGGACAAAGCCAAAAAGGAAGAAGCCAAACGAAAACGAGACGAAGGCACAGAAGCCCCCGCUGCGAAACGCCAGAAGUACUCGACAGAUGAGACCAACGAUUUCAAUGAAAAUGCAGACUACAUCCCUCUAGACGCGGGAGAAGGCGACAUUAAUGAUAAUAGAAAUGAGCAGUCGACAGACACACCCUUCUACGGACUCCUCGACACCGAAGAGCAGGAAUACUUCUCGCGAGCCAACGAGUUGCUGGAAUUAAACCAGUUCGGUGACGUCGAAGAGAGGCGGCUAUUUGUCGACAGCGUGUAUAAGGAGGCGAGUGGCAAGGAGCUGAAAAUUGCAUGUAGUCAGUCAUGCUCAAGGUUGAUGGAGAAGUUGAUCUCCAUGUCCAAUGUUCACCAGAUUCGAAGGCUAUUCGACAAAUUCAUCGGUCAUUUCCUGCAUCUUGUGCAGCAUCGGUUUGCCAGCCAUUGUUGUGAGACGUUGUUUAUUCAUGCGGCGCCUCUGGUAAACCAGAAAACAUCAAAGUCGAAAGGGAAGAAGAAACCACAAUCGGAUGGUUAUGAAGAAGAAGAAGCGGAACCAGAGCCGGAGCUGUCCCUCGAGGAAAUGUUCAUCAAGGUUGUAGAGGAACUUCAAGAGAAUUGGGGCUACUUGUUGACAGAACGGUUUGCAUCGCACACUAUUCGGGUUCUUCUGCUUGUCCUUGCAGGGGAACCAGUUGACUUGUCGUCCGCAGACUCGGUGGUCGCGAGUAGAAAGAAGGAAAAAUUGGGUCUUCCAGAUUUGGAGGCUCAGAGUGAGAAUGCUAUCACACAAAAAAGAGAUGUACCUCAGUCGUUUGAGGCCACUUUGAAAAAGAUUAUUAAGGAUAUGGUUUGCGUGCUGGAUGAUACGUAUCUUCGGGCAUUGGCCACUCAUCCAGUUGGCAAUCCCGUUUUGCAGGUACUUCUCUAUCUGGAGCUUCACCACUUCGGCAAAUCUAGCGCGAAGGAGUCGAAUUCAAUCACAAAGAGGCUAUUGCCCGACGACUCUUUAGAAGAAGGGUCCAGCAGCGCAAUCUUCGUUCGAGGCUUGUUCUACGACCCAGUCGGCUCGCACUUGCUGGAAACCAUUGUACGAUGGUGCCCGGGGAAGCUGUUCAAGAAUCUCUACAAAAACUUCAUUCACGGCAAUAUCAGAUCCUUUGCGCGGAAUCUAACUGCUGGCUACGUCGUUGUCCGAGUCUUGGAGAGACUUGGAAAGGAUGACCUUCAGAAUGCCAUGGAACUCAUUCUCCCCGAACUCCCUUCCCUUGUCGAGCGAUCAAGAUUAAUCAUCCCCAAGGUGCUCAUCGAACGCUGCAUGGUCCGUGAUGUCGACACACGUCCCUUAGCCAAGGCAUUGGAGGCUGCUCACGACAAAGACCCGGCUAAGCGACUGGCUCAGAUGCUGAAACUCGACAACAGCCGAUCCAUGGACAAAGAAAAAGAAAGUCCCGAACAGGGCGAUCAGCAAACCUCCACCAAGCCAUCCUCAAACAACGCCGAAAAACUUCAUGCCUCUCUACUCGUCCAAACAAUGCUCACGGUCCCGGGCCCAAUCAGCGAGCUCAUUUUCACAAGUCUUCUCGCUCAACCCGUGGACUCCCUGCUCUCAAUCUCCAAGGAUCCCACCGCAUCCCACGUCCUGCAGCAAGCCUUGACACUGCCGACCUCAACCCUCCAAUUCCGGCGUCAAUUUACCUCUCGCUUCCUAGGUCAUCUGAAGGAACUCGCACUGGACUCUAGUGGCUCCCACGUCGUCGACGCAUUAUGGCCCGCAACAAAGGAUAUCUUCUUCGUGAAAGAGAGAAUGGCUCAAGAACUCGUCCAGGACGAGCUGACCCUUCGAGAUUCUUUCGUCGGCAGAGCCGUGUGGAGGAAUUGGUCUAUGGAUCUCUACAAGAGACGACGUGGGGAGUGGGCUGCGAGAGCGAAGGGCCUUAAUCAGCUGCCUAGUAAUGAUAGGGACUUAAACAAUAAUACCAACAAUAGCGGUAAUGUGGGUCAACGACCAAAGUCACGGAUUGAUCUGGCUAGGGAGAGGUUUGCGGCGAAUGCUGCAGGGAACGACGUGAAGGGGAAAACGAGCAAACCCCGGACGCAGAAUCCGGUGGUUCUGAAGUCCUAG